AUGGCGUGCCUAAGCUGCUUCGGGAGGAGCUCUAGCGGCAGCUCGGCCGCCGCCCCCUCCGCCUCCUCCGGAAGCACCAGGACCGGGACGAGCAGCAGCGUCGGCGGUGGCGAAGGCAAGCACUCCUCGGUCUCGUCGGCGUCGUCGGCGUCGCAGAGGAGCAUCCCGGACUUGUACGAGAAGCAUGCGCACAAGCUCCAGGCUUUUGACUUCGACGAGCUCCGCAACGCCACCAACGACUUCAGCAGGAUGAACAAGAUCGGCGAGGGCGGGUUCGGCAGCGUCUACAAGGGCUUCCUCCUGCCGCCGGACGGCGAAGGCGCCAGGACUCCCGUCGCCAUCAAAAAGCUCAACCAAAAGGGCAUGCAGGGGCACAAGCAAUGGCUGGCAGAGGUGCAGUUCCUCGCAGUGUUCGAGCACCCAAACCUGGUGAAAUUGCUGGGGUACUGCGCCAAGGACAGCGAGAGGCUCCUGGUGUACGAGUUCAUGCCCAACAAGAGCUUGGAAGACCACCUGUUCGGCAGAGCUCACCCUGCCCUCCCAUGGCGUCUGAGGCUGCAGAUCGCCCUGGGCGUGGCGCGAGGGUUGGCGUAUCUGCACGGCGGAGAAGUUCAGGUGAUCUAUCGCGAUUUCAAAGCGGCGAAUGUGCUGCUGGAUCAGGAGUUCCGGCCCAAACUGUCGGAUUUUGGGCUGGCGAGGGAGGGCCCCGCGGCAGGCCACACUCACGUGACCACUGCGGUUGUGGGCACUUGUGGAUACGCCGCACCCGAGUAUAUAGAGACUGGCCAUCUCACAAUCAAGAGUGAUGUUUGGAGUUUCGGAGUGGUCCUCUACGAAAUCCUCACCGGUAGGCGAUCACUUGGGCGAACUCAUCCGUCGAACGAGCGAAAGUUGUUGGAUUGGGUGAGACAGUUCCCGGUGGAUACCAGGAAGUUUAUUAUGAUCAUGGACCCGAAAUUGAAAGGUGUUUUUUCUCUUGAUGUUGCACGGAGAAUAGCUAAAUUGGCGAACAGAUGCCUCAACAAGAACCCUAAAGAACGCCCGACAAUGAGUGAAAUUGUCGAGUGCUUGGAGAUAGAGUGCCAUGCAAAUGGAGCCAAAUAAUAGAAAGGGAUAAAAGUAGUAAAUCUAAAGGAAAUUUGUUGGUUCUUUGUUUUCUUUGGGGGGUUUAUUUUCUUCUAUUUGGAGUUGUAAUUAAGUGAAAUAGCUAUCUGAAA